UGGCCCAAUGAGCGCCGAGGGGGCGUGGCCGCGGGAGGAAGCUGCGGCUGAGGGCCGGCUGGAGCCGCGCGGGAGCCGCCGCCAUGGCUGACGAGAUCAGCAAGGCGCAGGCGGCGCGUCCUGGCGGGGACACCAUCUUCGGGAAGAUCAUCCGCAAGGAGAUCCCUGCCAACAUCAUCUACGAGGACGAGCAGUGCCUCGCGUUCCAUGAUAUUUCACCCCAAGCUCCAACACAUUUCUUAGUGAUUCCUAAGAAGCCAAUUGUCAGGUUGUCUGAAGCAGAAGAUUCUGAUGAAUCUCUUCUCGGGCAUUUAAUGAUUGUUGGCAAGAAGUGUGCUGCUAACCUGGGCCUGACCAAUGGAUUCCGGAUGGUUGUGAAUGAAGGGCCUGAGGGUGGGCAGUCUGUCUAUCACGUACAUCUCCAUGUUCUGGGUGGUCGUCAGUUGGGCUGGCCUCCUGGCUAAGAUUUGUACACCACAGGAGUUAACUGCAUGCAUACAAGUUACCACCAAAUAGAUUUAAUAUGUUGUCCAUCAAUCUAGCCACUGUUAGUGUAUUGUUUUUUUUAAUGUGUGUCUGCAGAGGGUAAUAAAUGCUCUGAACAAUAUUCGCACAAUAAAGAUCAAGCAUGUGGGAA